AUGGCGGAACAAGUGAAUAUAAACAUGUUGGAUGUAUGCGAGCUUGGAGAGCAAAAGAACCGGAAACCAAGUCCAAAAGAUGUGCAGACUAGUCAAGAGGCGCUCCAUCUUUUAAACUUGCUUAUUAUAAAAGAACUAGCCAACUCUGCAAAUCUUCCCCGUAGUUGGGUUGCAUUGAAGGUGCCUCUGCAAAAGCUAAUUAUCAAGGAAAUGAUGCUUCGUGGGAAACAAUCGAAGGGAAAUAAAUGCACAAGCUCUUCUUUUGUAUGGAAAAAAGAAUAA